CGUGUCCUGUAAUAGAGCCAGUGACAUUUAUCGGUGAAUUGAAGAUUGAUUAUCGAUCGCAAGUACAUUCCUCUUGACGAUAAUGUUAGAAAUUAAGUCAAAACUAUACCAAAAUAUGUAUGUAUGUCUUAAUUUAUUCCGUUAAACCCGAAAGGAGGUACAUUAUAUUCUACACACAAACCGUUGAUUGGUUUCUGCCGUGUGACGUCAGUAAGUGGGCGUAAGCGUUAUGAACAUCAACAAAAGAGAACAAGAGAAAGGAGAAAGAAGAGAGAAGACGAGAAGGUCUAACGGUAUACGUUACAGCAGAAGAUAACCAAUAUGUGGAUUUAACUUGCAAUAACAGAAAAUAAGAGAUUAUUUCCUCCAGUGCCAGCCAAGACAUGGAUGCCUUCAAGCUGAUGAAGGAGCUGAGGGUGAAUUAUGAGCAGGAGGCUUAUUAUCUCCCUAAAGAGACAGGGCUGAGUCUCAUCGAAUCCACAGCAGAGGAUGACAGUCGGAUCUCGGCCAAGUGCAGAGAUGCCAAAGUGGAGGACCUGUGGAGUCUGACCAGCUUCUUCGGUUACAGCACGCAGACAUUUGUCCUGGCUGUUAACCUACUGGACAGAUUCCUGGCCAUGAUUAGGAUCCAGCCGAAGCACCUAUCCUGCGUGAGCGUCAGCUGCCUCCACAUGGCGGCCAAAGUGACGGAGGAGGAGUGCAACCUGACGCCCACAGUGGAGCUCAUCCGCAUCGGACAGUGCAGGUUCACCGUGUCCGACCUCUGCCGCAUGGAGAAGAUCGUUGCAGAGAAGCUCAACUUCAAGUCCAAAGCCAUCACUGCCUUAACCUUUCUGGACUUGUACCACCAGAUUGCACUUUCACACUCCGCAGACAGAAAGGAGAUUCUGAGCCUGGAGAAAUUGGAAGCUCAACUCAAAGCCUGUCUGUGCCGGAUCUCCUUCUCUAAAGCAAAGCCUUCCGUCCUAGCCUUGUCCCUCCUGAGGCAGGAGAUCGAAUCCGUUCAGUCGGAGGACAUGUUGGAAAUAGCCUAUCACAUCCAGAGACACCUCAAGAUUACCGACAUCGAGCUGCUUCUAUGGAGUGAACGAGUGGCUCUGUGUCUGUCGGACUACGCCUCGCCUGAAUGCAGCAAACCCAAUCACAGGAAGCUGCAGUGGAUCGUGUCGCGGCGGACUGCCCAGAACCUGCACAGCCACCGUACCGUCCCCGAGCUGCCCACCAUCCCAGAGGACUGUUGGGAUGAGAGCGAGAGUGAUGAUUCAUGUGAGGAUGUGAUGAGUUCAGGUGAGGAGUCUCUCAGCAGUUCUCUGGGCAGCGACGCUGAAGGGCCCUUCUUCCCUCUGCACCUCCGCCAAAAACACCUCCACGCCUGAUGCCUUGCUGCCUCCUCUAACUUCUUUACCUGAAGUCUAUAAUUUAUUGUUAAAUAAGCUCUGGUGCUGGUAGAGAAUUGCACAACAACUGGCAGCUGAGCUCUUCCUGGCACAGUUCACAUUGGUGCAUGUUGAGAUGUCACAUUCCAGGAUAUACAAGCGUGGUCAGAUUAGUUUGGUCUUUAAGCUGCUGAGCUAGCAGACACUGCAGUCUGAGACAAACAGACAGUUCAGACCAGACACAGUUCACGUUGUUGACCAGAUAAUUUGCCAAAACAUGUGGUAUUUAUUUAUUUAAUGGAAUGUUUUGACUGCUUUUAUUAAAGGGCAGGGAGGAGUUUUCUUCGUGUAGAGAAGCUGAGUCGCUGUGAUUAGUGAUGAGGACUUUAAACGCUUGAGUGCUGAUGACCUCUAAAGGUAUGGCAGAUAGAAGUCAGCUGUUCUGAGAUAAAGACACACUGAAGUCCGGAUCACUAAACGUUAUAUUUUCUUCAGAACAGGGUUGAAAACUAAAUUUGAGCACUGUUUUUAUUUCUUGAGAUAAUUAAGUCUGGAUCUCCUGACUGAAAACCGUUGGUGAGCACGUCUGCACUCAGUCUGUAGUAAAGUCUCAUUUGCACAGUCGUUUUUUAAAAACUCAUUUGAAGUGUUAAAUGGACAAACUGGAGGUUUGUGUCUGGGAGGAAAACUGUGUUCACCGAGUGUUCCUUCAGACCCUGCCGACACCACAGGGUGGUCCGAUAAAAACAGUUGUGUGUGGAUGUUUGUGGAUGUUUGCACGUAUGAUCCUGGUUUGAAUUUAAAGUUUAUCAUUUUAGGAUGUAGUUAAGAAAUAGUUUGGUGUGUUGAAAGUGUUCAGAGAAAAUGCUGUAUGGAACAAAUGAUGCCGGCUGUCAAAAAGUCUAAAAAUGUAAAAAAAAAAACAUGUAAAACUGUAAAUGAUGUACAAAAAAAGUUAAUAGUUUGUAGAUAUUAUUUAUUCUGUUUUUGCCACCUGUACUGAAAAAGUCUAAAAUCUUAUAAAAAUCGUAUUUUUUAA